AUGAACUUGGAAUCUCGCCUUCUUGAUGGCAAGCCUGCUGGAUACUGUAGCAGUUCCGAAGGAGAAGAAGAUGACUUCAAGGUUGUGAACGAUGAAGACGAGCAUCAGGCGAACGUCAUGCGACGAAUGGGUCCUUCCUCCAGUACAGGGGCGAAAGGGGUUCUCAAUGAAUUUAAAGCGUUUCAGGAGCAGACCAAGUUGGCUUACGAAUCGAGAAAUCAAAAACUAAUUGAACAAGCAAGAAAGGGAAUGAUGGUUGGAACAAAAGAAGAAAGAGAGAAAGUCCAGAGAAACGAUGAGGAAGAUGAAGAUUUUGAGAUGACUCUUGAAGGUCUGAAAGCCAAAAGACUGAGAGAAAUGCGUAAGAUAGCUGCAAACCGAGUGAUUGAGAUGACCGAUAAGAACCAAUACUCAGACGCUGUGAGCGGAAGCUCUGCAUAUCUUCUAUGUGUGCUGAUUUAUGAGCCAGAUUCAGAUGAAUGCGAGUAUUUGACAAGAAUUUUGAAGAUUCUGGCAGCGGAUUAUCCGAAAACGAAGUUCGUUCGAGCUACAAGCACUCUGCUCGGCAUGAGUCUUGCAUUUAAAACAAGCGGUGUUCCAUGUCUCCAAUUUUACCUGAAUGAAAACUUGAUUGGAAACUUUGUGAAAGUGUCAUCGAUUCUCGGAAAUGACUAUGAUUGCAAGAAAUUAUUGCAACUCUUGAGAUCAAACCAUAUUGAUCUGUUGUCCGGAGGUUACGCCACAGAUUCAGAGAUUGAAUCGGAUGAUGAUUAA